AUGGCCUUCUUCCCCCGCACCACCUACAACGACACCUCCUUCACCCCCCUCUUCCGUCUCCUUGAGGACUUCGACGCCUACUCCAAGGACACCGGAGCCAAGAAUGGCCGCGUCGAGAACGGCCGCCUCUCCGGCCUCCCAACUUGGCAGCCCAAGUUUGACGUCCGCGAGACAGCUGACGCUUACGAGCUCCACGGAGAGCUUCCUGGCAUCGCGAGGGACAACGUUUCCAUCGAGUUUACCGAGCCCCAGAGCUUGUUCAUUCGCGGCAGGAUUGAGCGCAACUACACUUCCAGCUCUCCCCAGACGGGCAUCGAGGCUGGUGACGCCAAGGGCGCCAUAACCGAUGGCAGCCACAGCCCCCACCAGGCCACUGUCGAAGACGAAGAGCAGUCCAACGCUCACGAGUCUGGUGCCCCUUCUCCUACCCAGGUUGCCACGUCUAAGAAGAAGCAGCCCGCCGAAAAGGUCAAGUACUGGGUCAGCGAGCGCAGCAUUGGGGACUUCUCCCGAUCAUUCACCUUCCCUACCCGGGUCGAGCAGGAUGGCGUGACUGCCGCUCUUAAGGAUGGUGUUCUCAGUGUCAUUAUCCCCAAGGCCAAGAAGCAUGAAGCUCGCCGUAUCGCUAUCGACUAG